AAAUAGAAUUGCAGAGUGGCAGAAUUUCGUGUUUAAAUAAGAAUCUUUAAACUUAGAUAAGCAUUAUCCGAAACAAAACAUUGAUUCAUUCUCGCUUCACGAGAUUCCACUGACUGUCUUAAACCGAAACGAAAUUGCUUAUUCCAAACACAAUCACUCCAUUACUGAUAAUUGAAUAGAUUGCACCCACCAGCAGCAUAUUCGAGUGCGAUCGUACCGACUGCGCCAUUAGCCAUGGCGGCCUCUCAGUGGCUAGUGUUGCUCGUAUUUGCCGUUUAUGCUUCGAAUAUUGAAGCCAAUCCUAUUCAUAGUGAGCAUAUUUUGAAACAUGUUAGGACGAAAACUUCUUCAGCUGUCCAAAGCAAGGCUACGCUGGAUUUGAUUGGACGUGUCCUGCCGGAGAGAGCCAGUGAGUUCGAGGUAGUGAUUGAUGACACGCUGAAAGUAAAUUCAUUCAAGGUUUUCAAGACGAACGGAUCUAAAACAGUUGUUAUAACAGGAUCCAGUGGUGUUUCAGCGGCUAAGGGCUUUUAUCACUAUUUGAAAUAUUUCUGUGGCUGUCAUGUCUCGUGGGAUGGUGACCAACUAAACCUUCCGGAUGUAUUGCCAGAGGUGAAUGUGGAAGUACAAGCACCUAGCAGUGUUGUAUAUUAUCAGAACGUUUGCACCUGGUCGUACUCAUUUAGCUGGUGGACUUGGCAGGAAUGGCGUCGCCACAUCGAUUGGAUGGCAAUGCAGGGCAUCACCCUAAGCUUGGCUCCGUUCCAGGAGGAUCUUUGGGCUGAAGUGUACCUCGAGUACAACAUAACCCAACACGAAAUAGAGGACCAUCUUUCUGGACCAGGAUUUUUUGCUUGGCAGCGCAUGGGAAACAUCCGAGGUUGGGGAGGACCGUUGACAGAGAAUUUUAUAAAAUUCUCUCGAAAACUUCAAAAUCAGGUGGUACAGGAGAUGCGAAAACUGGGAAUGGUGUUGGCCUUACCGGCAUUCGCAGGUCAUCUGCCGGUGCAGUUCGCUGAACUAUAUCCGCAAGCCAAACUUGUACCUGUCGAGGUCUGGAAUAAUUUCCCUCCCCAGUAUGCGAGUCCACUGUUCUUGGAUCCAACCGAUCCAUUGUUUCUUGAAAUAGGACAACGGUUCCUCACCAAGGUAAUCGAGCGUUACGGCACCGAUCACAUCUACUUCAGUGAUCCCUUCAACGAGAUCCAACCGCAAAGCUUCAGUGCGAAGUACUUGUCCAAUGCUUCGACUGGCAUUUACAGCGCGAUGUCCAGCGUGGAUCCUUUGGCAGUUUGGCUGCUUCAAGGCUGGAUGUUUGUUAAGAACCCAUUCUGGAGCGACAUGGCCAUUCGAGCUUUUUUGACUGCGGUGCCUAUAGGCAGGAUGCUUGUGCUGGACCUGCAAUCGGAACAGUUUCCGCAGUAUGACCGAACAGAGUCUUACUAUGGGCAACCAUUCAUUUGGUGCAUGCUGAGUAACUUUGGUGGAACUCUGGGGAUGUUGGGAUCCGUAGAUUUGGUGUUUAACAGAAUCCGUGAUACGAGAAUGAAUGACAGCAUGACUAUGAUCGGAACUGGCAUUACGCCGGAGGGAAUCAAUCAGAACUACGGAUUGUACGAGUUUGCGCUGGAGAUGGGUUGGUAUACAGAUAUCUAUGACAUCAGACAAUGGUUCAAUACGUACGCUUCAGUUCGAUAUGGAAUCAAGGAUAAUCGAUUAGAGUUCGCUUGGUACAUUUUUCAGUACACUGUUUAUUCCUUCAAAGAAUUGGAAAUGAUGCGAGGCAAAUAUAGUUACAAUCGUAGACCAAGUCUCAAGCUUCAUCCUUGGGUUUGGUACAACGAAACCUUUUUCAACGAAGGAGUUCAAUUACUAAUGGAACCACGUUUAGAUGGAGCUUUAUAUAAGAAUGAUGUUGUUGACCUUACUCGUCAGUUUUUGCAGAACACGGCUGACCGAUUGUAUUUAAGCAUAAUGGAAGCUUAUGCUUCCAAUGACGUAAAAUCUGUGAAGCAUUUAUCCACUCUAUUUCUAACGCUUUUGGAGGACAUUGAUCGUUUGCUUCGUUCCGACCAUCAUUUUCUUCUUGGACGGUGGUUAAAUGCAGCCAAAGCACUAUCCCGAACUAGCUUGGAAAGGCAAAAGUACGAAUACAACGCUCGAAUCCAAAUAACACUGUGGGGACCACAAGGUCAAAUAAUUGAUUAUGCAAACAAACAGUGGGCGGGAGUUGUUCAGGACUUUUUCCUGCCUAGGUGGAAAUUGUUUCUGAGUGAAAUGACAAAUGCAAUGGAACAGAAUAGAACUAUCAACGAAGGAAAGAUACGGGACAAAAUAUUCAAAACAGUGGAAUUGCCAUUUUGCACCAGUAAUAAACGAUAUCCGUCAGAACCGGUGGGCGAUUCAUUGCAAAUAGCUCGGGAAGUAUUUGAAGCUUGGAGUGAUCGAGCUGUGCGAUUUAAGAAAUUGCCUACAAAACCAAGAAGAAUAUAAAUAUUGAUACGAAUCGAA